AUGAGAAAUAUCUUGGAUAGUUCUGCUCUUUACUAAAUAUGCCUUAAUAAAGAAAUUUAUGGUAUUGUGAAAAAUAUUAAAAAAACUUAACCGGAUCAAUCUGAUCAUCAUUCAUCUUGUAAAAUAAGUAUUAAAAGUUAUGAUCAUCAUCCUUUGACAGGAAAUGCAACAGAAAUGAUUAUCAAUUUCAUUUUUUGGUUUUCUUAACAAUUAUUUUCUUCCUUUAUUUUGUCACGAUAUUGCAAAGAAGAAGUACAAAAAUUAUGA